GGGACCAGGACACCUCCUGCUUCCUUUGUGGGGGGCGUGGGCUAUGGAGUUUACCGAAGUUUACAGAAAGAGCAGUUUUGUAAGUUCUGUUUUCUAGGAAAUUUUCUGGUGCCCAUGGCACUUUAACUCCCUUUACUGCGGACACCUGACCUCACCCCCGUUUUCCUGACCAGUCUGACCAGACCUGUGUCCGUUUCAUUUCUAACCUUUGACUAAAAAAACAGCAAGGCCAAUAGAUCCAACCUAAUUUUAGUCUUCAAAGAACGGACUCUGGCUUUGAUUGUUUCCACUUUGGGAUUUUUCCCCACUUCACCUGAGGAUGCUCAUCUUACCUUGAGGCCUCCCCAUCUGUGCACACAUGAGCCUCGGCUUCCGAUGCCAUCUCACCGGAGCCGGCUCUUUCUGCGAUGGCAGCCAGUGACACCCUGUCUCCCCAGCACCGAGAAGCAUGCGCCUUCCUUCCUUAGCUCUGGGGGCAAACCGCUAAGCGCAGGUAAACCCGCCCCUCUCGGGGGGGGAGUGUGCAGGGCGAGGGGCCGCGCCAUGACCCAGGCGCCUCCUCGUCCCUGCCCUCCCCCGCUCUAGCCCUGUGGGGGCUCAGCAGUACCGGAGCCAACAGCCCCCGAGGAAGCACAGUCGUGCGCCGGGUCCCUGGGCUCGUUGCCCACCUCAUCUGCAGGCUCCCGAGUGCGCAGGGGCCCCGCCUCCUGCCCAGGCCGUCUGAGUUCUUCUCUGCCCCCACCAGGAUUCUGCUCCGCACCGUCGGCAAACCUCCUUUUCUCCCUCACCUCUCCACCUGUCCUCAACGUUACCAAUCAUUUGUUCUGACAUCACUCUUUUUCUCUUUUACAGGAAGAAGAUUUAUGAGCGAUGAUUCCAUCUGUGUGCUGGGAAUAAGCAAGAGAAACCUUCUUUUCCAACCUGUGGCCCAGCUGAGGCAGGAGACGGACUUUGAGCACAGGAUCCCCAAAGAGCAGUGGUGGCUGAAGCUGCGGCCGCUCAUGAAGAUCCUGGCCAAGUACAAGGCCAGCUACGAGGUCUCCGACUCCAACCAGCUGGAGCCCAUGCCUCACCGAGGCCACGAGGAGCCUGCCGCCAUCUAGACGCCGCUGGAUCCGCCCCGCCUGGCCAGCGCAGCUCUGGACUUCCGUUUACCACCCGUCUUUGUAACACUUAAGUUAUUUAUCGGCACUCUGAUGCGAGUACUGUUGAUGUUAAUACCUAGUCACAGAGCCCCCGUCCUGUGUCCUUCAUCCCCACGGGACCCUAAGACUCCAGCACGAGCUGUCGGCUGUGUCUCCUACUGUGUCCUGCUUUAAACCGUGCGUAGCCAGUAGAAUUAAACAUUUAGCUCAAACUCCCAA